AUGGUGAGCGUAGGAGACCCAAGGGAAAUAGGAACCAUAUACUCAUUCAAAAGACCAUGGCCAAAGUCAGAUUUCUAUCGCUCCCUAUUGCUUAAGACGCGGAGUAAACCAGUCGAAGGAAUAUUUGCCACUCAGAAUGAGGCAAUCCACCGGGCAUUGAAGCGUCCUAUCUCUAAUGUCUACUCAAUGAGCCACCUGGUUUCAUUUGAGCCUUAUGUCGAUACCGCCAUGAGAGUAUUCUGCGAGCAGCUUGAGAGUAGGUUUGCUAAGACCGAAAGUGGAAGUGGAAGUGGGAAAACUAUUCCAUGCGAUUUUGGGCAGUGGUUGCAAAUGUUCGCUUUUGAUGUCAUGGGAGAGUUAACAUUCUCCCACCGGUUCGGCUUCAUGGAGAAAGGAGAAGAUAUAGAUGGAGUUAUGGCGGAGCUUUGGAGCACUCUCCAAAAAACUGCCUUGGUGACACAAAUGCCUUGGCUAGGGGAUGUUUGGACAAACAACCCCAUUUUACGCUUUUUCAGGAAGAAUAUUCAAAGUCCUGGAGUGAUUUUUGCAAUGCGCAGGGUUCAAGAAAGGCAAAAAAUCGAAAAGGGUGAACUAAAGAAAGAAUGGAAGAUAAACAACAGAGACAUGUUGUCACGUUUUAUGGAAGUGGAAGCCAGCGAUCCAUCAGUCCCUCCGUUUGCGCUCCUGGUAUGGACUUCUUCAAAUAUUACCGCGGGCAGUGAUAGCACAGCAAUGUUCCUAAGAGCUAUGUUCUAUUAUCUGUUGCAUAAUCCGAGUACCCUCAAGCGCCUGGUGGCAGAAUUUGACGAGGCCGCUGAAGCAGGGAACCUCGACGAGCUUGCUGGAUUUAGACAAGCCAAAGAUCUUCCAUACUUUAAUGCAUGCAUUAAUGAAGCAGGCCGCAUGCAUCCUCCCCUUGGACUUCCUAUGGAGAGAGUAAUUCCUGCAGAAGGUGCUAAUAUCUGUGGCCAACACAUAGAAGGCGGAACCGUUGUUGGCAUGAGUUCUUGGGUGACUCAUCACCAUGAACAAACAUUUGGGGCCGAUUGCGAUAAGUGGCGACCAGAAAGAUGGCUGUGCAAACCAGAGCAAGCAAAGUACAUGGAAAAGUGUCUCCUCACGUUUGGUGCUGGCCAUCGCAAUUGUAUCGGCAAGAAUAUUGCUCUGCUGGAGAUCUAUAAGAUCGUGCCAACAUUAUUAAGGCGUUUCUAUUUCGAGCUCCUCGACCCUGACGAGGGUGGUGAUUGGGUUGUAAUGAAUCGGUGGUUCGUCACUCAACGUGGAUUUAAAGUGCGGCUCAGGAGAAGAGUUUAUCCGGAAAGCUAG